AGGGAGGGAGGGAUAGCGUAAAAAACAUAAGAGUCCACCACCCGCCCACACUUCUACGCACACCGCGCAUCACACCGGUGGUGGUACUGUGCAGUCAGACUUGUCCCCGUCGGUUGAGACACCUGGCCGGUAAGCCGCCCGCCCGCCCUGACCGCCGUUUUGCGCUAUGGCUGACAAGGAUGAGAAGAAGGAGCAGAGCAAGGGAGGAUGGCUGCAUUUCAUCUAUAACCCGGGAACCGGCCAGUUCAUGGGGAGGACCGCCAGCAGCUGGGCUCUGAUUUUGCUGUUCUACCUGGUCUUUUAUGGCUUCCUGGCUGGGCUGUUCAGCUUCACCAUGUGGGUUAUGCUUCAGACCCUGGAUGACUACACACCCAAGUAUCGUGACAGAGUAGCUAAUCCAGGUCUCAUGAUUAGACCAAAAGUAGGAUCUGCCCUGGAGAUUGUAUUUAACAAAUCUGAUGCUCAGUCUUAUGAAAAAUAUGUAAUUGCUCUUGAUAAUUUUCUAAAACCCUAUGAGGAUUUGCAACAAGCCCAAAAAAAUGUUUUAUGUCAACGCGGAAAGUAUUUCAACCAGAGCGAUAAGAAAUUCCCCAAAGAGGCCUGCCAGUUUAACCGCACAAUGCAGAACUGUUCCGGAUUGAACGAUACCAGUUUUGGCUACUCUGAGGGCAAACCGUGUGUCCUUGUUAAAAUGAAUAGGAUAAUUGGACUGGAAGCAGGAGGGGGAAAGAAUCCUGUUGUAAACUGUUCAGCUAAGAAUGAGCCUCAAUUGGCUAUGCAGUAUUUUGGAUCCUUUGACCUAAUGUACUAUCCAUAUUAUGGACGAAUAACCCAUGUUAACUACACACAGCCAUUGGUUGCUGUGAAAAUCAUGUUGGGGGCCAACGAUACCAACAAGGAUUUAAUGAUUGAGUGCAAGAUCAGUGGGUCCAACCUGAAGAACGACGACGUUCGAGAUCGAUUCCUGGGCCGGGUAUCGUUCAGACUUGAAGUAACAGAAUAACAUGCGUGAGACAGCUUGCACGAUGACUACUUUGUUGUCCUUUGUUUUGUUAUAAUGCGCUGGACCUGCCAUUGUAGAUGUGUGACCACGUUAAAAGGGGGGGGGUUAUGAGCCAGAUGGCAUUUUAUGGUAGCAUCACGUUGUGCUUCCAGAUAUUGAUGUUAAGAAAACAAACUCCUAAAUCUUUAGCUGCCUGCCUUGCCUUGCCCAACCCCCAACGGACCAGUUUGCACACAUAUUAAGACAAAAAUGCCAUAAGGGAUCUAUCUGUAAAUAGCUCUACUUCUAACUCUGAAUAAUGGCGGUCUUUUGUCCUUUUGUGAUGUGACUUUACCCCCAAGUGAGUGUCUUAAGCUUACAGUGCUGUUGGUGUGUAUAUAUUUAAUGGAUUUAACACAGUUUAAUGGUUUCAUGUAGUAUCGGAACAAACAUUUUAGCAAUCAAGAUACAGAAUCAAAUGGUACCCACAGGCUGACCUAAAAUGAUUUUAUAACCUUUGCAAAAUUAUGUCUUUCGUGCAGAUGCCUUAAAACCUGUAUGAAAAAGAGAAAAUAAAACUGGAUUUUAAACUAUU